UCGUCCCCGCAGCCUAUGGCCCAGGCCGCCUUGGGUAUUUCUGCUCAAGGUAACCACAUCCCUCUUUAAAAAUUCCGCCGAAAAAGAGAAGGCUUUACCCGACUCUUUGGGCCGUUAUCUCACGGCGAACUUUCUGACCAAGUAUACAACUACCCAGAGGGCCUAGGAGAAGUGCUGUAUAGAGAGCAGUUUGACUUCAACGCUGAGCCACCUUGGGAACCUAGCUGAUGAUAGGGGGGUUCCAUCUCCUAACUUGUCCAUGGAGGUCUUCACUUCAGAAAUCCAAGACUCAUAUUCAUCCAGCUUGGUGUCAAGUGGGCUGUUGCUGCCAGAAUUAUCUUGUGAUUAUUUGAGAGAUGUAUCAGUUUCUUCUGAAGUACAAUCAACUGUAGAAGCCUUUGUAGCAGUUUGUUGCAUAUUCUAAGGACCCAGACGUAAGGCUUGGUGGCCCGACUCUUGUUUUUCCUGGUUUAUGACUUUCGGCUUUGUGGAAUACGGCUGAGAUGAAAGGAUUUAUUGACGAUGCAAACUACUCCGUUGGCCUGUUGGAUGAAGGAACAAACCUUGGAAAUGUUAUUGAUAACUAUGUUUAUGAACAUACCCUGACAGGGAAAAAUGCAUUUUUUGUGGGAGAUCUUGGAAAGAUUGUGAAGAAACACAGUCAGUGGCAGAACAUAGUGGCUCAGAUAAAGCCAUUCUACACCGUAAAGUGCAACUCCACUCCAGCUGUACUUGAGAUUUUGGCAGCUCUUGGAACUGGAUUUGCUUGUUCCAAUAAAACUGAAAUGGCUUUAGUGCAAGAAUUGGGUGUAUCUCCAGAAAACAUCAUUUACAUAAGUCCUUGCAAGCAAGUGUCUCAGAUAAAGUAUGCAGCAAAAGUCGGAGUGAAUAUCAUGACAUGUGACAAUGAAGUUGAAUUGAAGAAAAUCGCACGUAAUCACCCAAAUGCCAAGAUUGUUUUUCAUAUUGCAACAGAAGAUAAUAUUGGAGGUGAAGAGGGUAACAUGAAGUUUGGCACUACCCUGAAGAACUGUAGGCAUCUUUUGGAAUGUGCUAAGGAACUUGAUGUCCAAAUUAUUGGGGUUAAAUUUCAUGUUUCAAGUGCUUGCAAAGAAUCUCAAGUAUAUGUACAUGCUCUAUCUGAUGCUCGAUGUGUAUUUGACAUGGCUGGAGAAUUUGGAUUCACAAUGAACAUACUAGACAUUGGUGGAGGCUUCACAGGAACUGAAUUUCAAUUGGAAGAGGUUAAUCAUGUGAUCAGCCCUUUGUUGGAUGUCUACUUUCCUGAAGGAUCUGGCAUUAAGAUAAUUUCUGAACCUGGAAGCUACUAUGUGUCUUCUGCAUUUACACUUGCAGUUAAUAUCAUUGCAAAGAAAGUUGUUGAAAAUAAGUUUUCCUCUGGAGUAGGAAAAACCGGAAGUGAUGAACCAACCUUCAUGUAUUACAUGAACGAUGGUGUUUAUGGUUCUUUCGCAAGUAAACUGUGUGAGGACUUAAAUACCAUUCCAGAGGUUCACAAGAAAUACAAGGAAGAUGAGCCUCUGUUUACAAGCAGCCUUUGGGGUCCAUCCUGUGAUGAGCUUGAUCAAAUUGUAGAAAACUGUCUUCUUCCUGAGCUGAAUGUGGGAGAUUGGCUUAUCUUUGAUAACAUGGGAGCAGAUUCUUUCCAUGAACCAUCUGCUUUUAAUGAUUUUCAGAGGCCAGCUAUUUAUUACAUGAUGUCAUACAGUGAUUGGUAUGAGAUGCAAGAUGCUGGAAUUACUUCAGACACAAUGAUGAAGAACUUCUUCUUUGUGCCUUCUUGCAUUCAGUUGAGCCAAGAAGACAACUUUUCCACUGAAGCUUAAGCAGGCAUUAACGCUUUUUUAGAUCUGAAGUUGCAGGUUAAGCUUGUCUGGUCUACAUUCCAGUGUGGAAAAAAUUUGAACAAUCCUAUUCUAUUAAUUCUCUUGGAAACUACUAGUAAUAGCUAUUUGGGACCAGACGAAAUCAGCUCUCAUCUAUAAUUCACUGGGGGUAAUUGGGAGAUUAAGAUAAUGUAUCCAGAUUUAAAUUUAUCAGUUUGCCCUACCCCUUAAGCGUUUAAAAUAAAAUAUGCAACA